AGAAAGGCCACUGAAAGGCCGAUUGAGAACAGGCGGCGAGCAAGAAUUCAAAACAGUUCAGUCGCUACCUCGAAGAGAACCGUGCGUGACAGGCAAUGCAACAGUAAUCAUCGAGUCGAAUAUUUUUACGUUUUUUCGAAAAAGUCAGUGACCAUCGCGAAUCACAAAGAUAAAAUGGUGCGUAGUUUAGCCCAGUGGACGAAAACAUUGAGUUUUCCAGCGAGGAUAUCACCCAACAAAACUUCGAAAGAAAGUGUCAACAUCCAUCAAGUCAGCCCCGCGAUCACCCCCACACUAAGCAACAACUCUUUGACGAAAAACAACGACUUCAACAACAUCAUGAACAACAAUCACUCGUCGCAGACUGAAGUCAACCAAAUAUACUCCGAUCCUGAGUCAGAGAAGGCUAUUAUGAGCUCGGUUGUCUACUGCAUUCACCACAAAGAAGGUUGUAAAUGGUCCGACGAGCUUAGGAAAUUGAAGGGUCACUUGAAUACUUGUAAACACGACGCUAUUCCUUGCACAAGCAAGUGCGGAGCUCAAAUUCCCAGGGUUUUGAUGGAGGACCACCUCAAAUAUACCUGCCCACAAAGACGAACAAGAUGUGAAUUUUGUAAUAAAGAAUUCACAGGACAUACUUUGGAGAACCACGUUGGCAACUGCGGGUAUGAACCUCUUUAUUGUGAGAACAAGUGUGGAGUAAAAGUUCAGAGAAGACAUCACAGCCAACACAAAGUUGGAGACUGUUCCAAGAGGCUUCUGUCCUGCCGAUAUUGCACAAAGGAAUUCGUGGCAGACACCCUAGCAGCUCAUCAUGUAAAAUGCGGAAGAGUUCCAAUCCAGUGCCCGAAUCGAUGUGAUAUUAAUGUUCUGGCACGUGAGGAGCUAGAAACCCACAUCAAAGAGGAAUGCACUGUUUCCGUGCACAGCUGCAGCUUCAAGGAAGCUGGAUGCAGAUUCAAAGGUCCGAGGUACGUCAUGGAAAAACACCUAGAGGAGAACUGCCAGCAACAUCUGACGCUUAUGUGCAACGUGGUUUCCAAGCAACAACAUCAGAUCAGUUCGCUGAAAAGUGCCUUGUCCAGGCUGUCUCUGAAUUAUUCUGGAACUCUGAUUUGGAAGAUCAGCGAUUUUUCUGGGAAGAUGUCCGAGGCAAAGAACAAGGAAGGCAUGGAAUUGGUUUCCCCACCCUUUUACACUAGUCAAUACGGUUAUAAAUUACAGGCAUCUCUAUUUCCGAAUGGAAAUGGCGCUGGGGAAGGUUCCCACAUCUCUGUCUACAUAAAGAUUCUGCCCGGAGAAUACGAUGCUCUUCUUCGUUGGCCAUUUUCCCACUCUGUUUCCUUUACUCUGUUCGACCAAUCUACUUGUCCGGAAAAGGCUUGCAAUAUCGUGGAGAGCUUCAUUCCUGAUCCAACCUGGAAGAAUUUUCAGAGACCUAGUUUAGAACCAGACUCUUUAGGCUUUGGUUUUCCCAAAUUCGUCUCACAUGAAAUGCUCAAGAAGAGGCAUUUCAUGAAGGAUGACACAAUGUUCAUCAGAGUUAAAGUGGACCCCAGUAAAAUUGUUGCUGUAUAGAAAAAAUAUGGAUUGUUUUGUUGUUGAUCUCAUUUUUGUUUUCGUUUGUAAAUAUAAUCUGUAAAAAUGUAUAUUUUUGAAAAUAUUCUAAGACUGCAUUAUGUGAAUGUAUGGCUCACCUACGAUGGGUUUUCUCGAAUAAAUUCAAAAUCAACCAGAUGGCACGUGAACUAUUACCAAGCUGAUGUUUUAAUUGUUUUUCAAAUAAACAGUGAAAUGUG